UUCAGUUUGACGGUAACAAGGGGGGUCUCAGGUUACAUUUUGUCUCUGCUCCUCAUCCACGAUGCAAACCCUACAUUGUUUUCUUUUAAUGUUCCUCUUUCUGUAUUGUUCUGUGCUGACAAUGCAGUGCAACGACUCACAAUACACGUGGCCUGUAAAGGCCCCACGACUUUGCUGUGACAAGUGCCCACCAGGUCAACACAUGAUUCGGCGCUCUCAAAGCACUUGUGCAAUCAACUGUGAACCUUGCACGGGCAUGCGCUACUCCGACUCCUACAACGUGGAGAUGAGCUGCAACAUUUGUAGGAUGUGUGAUAAACCCAAUAUGGAGUAUGAAUCAGACUGCCAACCCUCUUGCAACGCCGUGUGCAGGUGUAUAGAGGGCUACAAAUGCACAGACCAGGAGUGCACGAGGUGUUUGCGUGUGCCAGGAACCGUCAAGUCCGACACUACAGCUGCAGUGGGGUACUUGGUGGUAAUUGUCCUCCUGUGUGCUGUCAUUCCUGCCAUUGUCUUCACAAAAGUCACACACUUUCUACGCUGUGUCAGAUCCGAACAUGUUGCAGUGAUACCGUGCACAGACGAAGAAGAGGAGGCAUGCAAGCCUGUCCAAGAGAUGUGUGGCAAAUGUGACCGAACGUUUGAGGUGUAAUAAUGGGACAUUCGUGGAUGGUCGUGAAUCAGUUCAACAUUGCACUGCAUGUUGCUAAAGGUUGUGUGUACAGUUGUACAUAGAGGCUAGGUAUUAAAAGACUGAUGCUCAAAUAGCAGCCUGGCGUAGGGCUGUCUAUUCACUCAACCGCAGAGAGUACCAUGUAUUAUUAGAGAGCAUCUGUCAUUAGAGACCACCAUUAGUACCAUUUGUUCUUAGAGAGGAGGCCUUCAUGUGGACAAAUGCUUGCGUGUGGGUGGAAACAAAAUGUUUUACUUCAUGUGUGACAAUGGGAUGAAUGAGAGUGUGAAUAGUGGGUUGUCUAUAUGUGCCCUGCGAUUGGCUGGCGACCAGUCCAGGGUGUGCCCCGCCUCUCGCCCGAAGUCAGCUGGGAUAAACAAUGGGAACAGAAUGUGUAAUUGCUUCGCAUUAGCCGUUUCUAUUCAUAUGUUCUUUUAUUCUUGUUUUCUAUAAUUGAUGCAGAGCAGUUGGAAGCAUAGUUUUCCAUGCUUACGUUUUGGCACAUUAUACAGUAGAACCUGUUUAAUAUCCCUCGGAUUGCCUGACUCACGUUGACAUAAGUGGUUGUUGACAUGACCAUCGCUUGCACAUGUACUUUACUUUCCUGUGACGU